GUUUCAUUCUUCUCCUUCUCUUCCUCUUCCUUCACAGACGGCUUCUACAGAGAGAAAGACGAGAGAGAGAAGAGAGAGAAAGACCACCGACCGUUCUUUCUCUCUCUUUCACCUCCGAGAAAUCGCGUAAUCGAAUUCGAUUCCAUUAUCAUCAAUCACCAUGAACGAGAAGGCCAACGUUAGCAAAGAGCUCAAUGCCAGACACAGAAAGAUGCUGGAAGGGCUUCUUAAAUUGCCAGAGAACAGGGAGUGCGCUGACUGCAAAAGCAAGGGUCCUCGAUGGGCUAGUGUGAAUCUGGGCAUCUUUAUAUGCAUGCAAUGUUCUGGAAUCCACAGAAGUCUUGGAGUGCACAUAUCAAAGGUGAGGUCUGCUACUCUGGACACAUGGCUUCCUGAACAGGUUGCAUUUAUUCAAUCUAUGGGAAAUGAGAAGUCAAAUAGUUAUUGGGAAGCUGAGUUACCCCCUAAUUACGACAGAGUUGGGAUUGAGAAUUUCAUACGCGCAAAGUAUGAAGAGAAGAGAUGGGUUCCUAAGGAUGGCAAGCCAAUGUCACCUUCUAGAGUAAUAGAAGAAAAGGCUUCUAUGCAAUGGCAGAGACCUAGUGAUAGGAGUGGGCAUGGAUAUGCUAACAAUUCUGAAAAUUCAUCUGAGGAAAGGAAGCACUUUCAAGCACGUAGUUUGAGGGAGAGUGUUCCUUCUACAAGAAUUAGUAUACCUGUACCUCCUAAAGGACCUGAGUCAGUCACUCCUGCGCUGAAGACUCAAGAGGUCAUUCAGAAAUCAGAACCAGCAGUAGCAGUGCCUGCUGAAUCCGUAAAGCAGGUGGCAGACUCUAGUGCAGUUGUCUCUCCCCCUAAAGUUGAUUAUGCUAUUGACCUUUUCAACAUGCUGUCAAUGGAUGGUCCUAGUGAAAAUGGUUCAGAGGCAACCUCAGCUGAUGAUAAUACAUGGGCAGGUUUCCAGUCUGCUGCGGAAGGAUCAACAACUGACAAAACAGGCUCUACAAAGCCAGAUGAUAGGAAAACCCAGUCUACUUCUGGUGUUGAAGAUCUUUUUAAAGACUCUACAAAACCAGAUGAUAACAAGACCCAGUCUACUUCUGGUAUUGAAGAUCUAUUUAAAGACACUCCUUCACUAGCACCUUCUAUGGUAUCAGAGAAGCCUCAAAAAGAUGUUAAAAACGAUAUUAUGAGCCUUUUUGAUAAGUCCAAUAUGGUGUCACCAUUUUCUGCUCAUCAACAGCAACUUGCCAUGUUAGCACAGCAACAGUCCCUUCUUAUGGCUGCUGCAGCUAAAUCUGCUGGUGUGAUGCCAAAAUUUGUUGGCAAUGCACAACAAUCGGGGCCCAAUGGUACAAAUGUACCCACUCAGAACUGGCCAAAUGUUGGCUACCAGUUUCCUGGUAUGAUGAUGCCAGGAGUUGGAAAUAAUGAGCUACAGAAAUACAUGCAGCAGAGUCAGAUGGGAAGUGUGGGGCCAGGUCUGGUUGGGAGCUCUGUUCCAUUUCCAACAUCAUCAAGCAUUUAUACUAUGGGGCAAAAUGCUUCCAUUAGUAGUGUGGCACCUGCUGGAACAAGCAGAGCAAUGCCAUCAGCAUCCCCAAUCCCAUCUGCAGCUCCUCCUACACAGUCGGCGAAAGAAUAUGAUUUCUCUUCAUUAACACAAGGGUUCUUCUCAAAAUCCUGAGAUGCUACCGGGAAAGUGACUCUGGCUUUCCAGCUAAAGCAUGCCAAAUGAAUAUAUUUCAGGAAAGCUAGCAUUUUGGAGGUUACUUUUUGCAUUGGAGGUUGUAAACUAUUUGUAGAGGAGGUGGUUUUUUUUUUUUUUUUCUCCUAUUUUCAUUUUCCUCAUCUUUUGAUUUUCCCCUCUUUCUAUUCUGGGUGGUGGCUUUGUUUGUACGAUUAGGUGUAUGCCGAGAAACAAGUCAGGUUUAGAUUGAUUGAUAUUUGAUAAUAAUUUUUUUCACAUCCUGUUUUAGAUGAAUUAUGAUUAUAGAGAAAAUAUGAAAUUUUAUAUUUGAAAUGAGAUAA